AUGGGCCGUAAUCAGACUGAAGCAAUGGACCCUGUUUACGUGUUCACGCCCGCUGGAAACACUGCUAAACAUGUGCUCUGCUUAGUUUUGUCAGUCAUUGGCACAGUAGGUUUCGUUGGAAACUGUUCGCUGUUUUACUUUCUUUGGCAGAAGAAAACCACAAGUCCAAUCCAAAAGAGUCGUUUCUUACGCAGUUUGAACUUGUAUAUGAGGAGUUUAUCCCUCUCUGAUCUCCUUUCUUGUUCCCUAUCGCUACCCGUUCUAUGCCUUCAAAUUCUUUUCGAUCUUAUGCAGAGUGGGUGGCUGUGCAAGAUGGUUCGCUAUUUGAAUUUCGUGUUUCCCGCUAUUACGAUAAAUAACCUGGUUGUUAUCAGUUUAGCGAAAUAUUUAUCAACUCGUAAGAAUCCUUACACGCUUGGAGUCACCGCAGUCCGUAGGAUGAUCAUUGGGGCUUGGAUUUUAGGAAUAACCACCAUGUUACUUCCAGCAGCCACUUACGACGGAGUAGCAGUGCGUCUAAAUGACAGUCAUUUUACAGUGAUCUGCCGUUACAAUCAGAACUUCUAUCCUUUUCAAAUAACCGCCGUUAUUUUCCCAUUACAAUACGUCAUUCCUGGCAUUUUCAUAACAUAUGUCAACGCGUGUUUGCUGAAGACUCUGUGGAUUAGGACUGGAAGACAAAUUCGUCAUGCAAAGACCAGUGCCUUCAAAGCAAAACUUACAGUUACCAGAAUCAGGGCAACUUAUCUUCUAAUUUCUCUUACAUUUGCCUUUAUAUGCCCGUAUUUUGUCUACAUAGGCAACACUGCAUACACCCAGAUAAUGAAACCGCAGCGCUCGUUUUCAACAGAUUAUAUUGUGCGUUAUGUGGGUGGCAGUAUUGGGGCAUAUUUCAGCAGUGCCUUAAACUUCAUCAUAUACUUUGUCCAAAUUAAGGAUUUUCGCGCAUAUCUAAGAAACAACUUCCGUUCGCGAUGCAUCAGAAUCAACACGUAG